AUGGCAAAAAGGACUGUACCACUGGUGCUACUUUUCCUGGUGGUGUAUGGGGUCUGUGUGCCAGCUUCAGCACAAGUCUGCAGUCUGCUUGGUCAGCCUGCCCUUCCACUACUUUCUGCGCAAAAAGACAUUAAUAUUGGGGCGAUUUUCUCAUUCCAUAGAAGUGCUCUGCUAAAGAUGCAUCCUUUCACUUCUGAACCAGAGCCAACAACAUGCAUCAGCUUCAACUUGCGUGAGUUCAAAUUUGCUCAGACACUGAUUUUUGCAAUUGAGGAGAUUAAUAACAACACACAACUUUUGCCUGGUGUUUCGUUGGGCUAUAAGAUAUAUGAUUCCUGUAGCUCUAUAGCUCUGACUAUCCUCUCAGGCAUGGCUUUGAUGAAUGGUUAUGAAGAGACUUUGAGUGAUACAUCCUGCUCUAGACCACCAGCUGUUCAUGCAAUUGUUGGAGAAUCAAACUCCUCUCCCACCAUUGGUUUGGCAUCUUUAGUUGGUCCAUUCAGCUUACCUGUUAUUAGUCAUUUUGCCACAUGUGCAUGCCUGAGUAACAGAAACAUUUAUCCAUCCUUCUUCAGAACAAUACCCAGUGAUUAUUAUCAAAGCAGAGCGCUGGUUCAGCUUGUCAAGCACUUUGGCUGGACCUGGGUUGGGAUGGUCAGGAGUCGCAGUGACUAUGGUAAUAAUGGCAUCGCUGCAUUUGAGGAGGCUGCAAAACAAGAAGGGAUUUGUAUUGAAUACUCAGAGGCCAUAUUUAAAACUGAUCCACAAGACCAGUUCCUGAAGACGGUGGAAGUGAUAAAGAAGGGCACUGCCAGGGUGGUGCUGGCUUUUAUUGCAUUAGGAGAUUUUGUUCCCCUCCUGAAAGUAAUUUCACAGCAUAACAUCACAGGGAUACAGUGGGUAGGCAGUGAAUCCUGGAUCACUUCUCGAACUCUUGCAGAAACUAAGGAAUACAGUUUCCUUUCUGGAGCAGUGGGCUUUGCUAUAGCAAAUGCUAAACUUGUGGGUCUGCGAGAGUUUCUAGUGAAUGUGCACCGUGAUCAAGAACCAAACAAUGAACUGUUAAAAGAAUUCUGGGAAACAGCUUUUCAUUGCUCUUUCAGGAACAGUGGUAGUGGUGGCUGUACUGGUUCAGAGAGACUUGCAGAGCUGCAAAAUGAAUAUACUGAUGUGUCAGAGCUACGAAUAGCAAAUAAAGUGUACACUGCAGUGUAUGCUAUUGCACAUACACUACAUAAUAUAUUAAAAGACAUUAAAUCCUCCACCAAAAUCAGCAAAGGAGAACGACCAACACCACAAAAGGUGUUAGAGUAUAUCGGAGGUGUGAAAUUCACCAUCAAAACAGGUGAAGAAAUCUUCUUUGAUGCAAGUGGUGAUCCAGUGGCGAGAUAUGACCUUGUUAACUGGCAGCCUGUUCAGGAUGGAAGUCUGCAGUUUAAGAAUGUGGGCUUCUAUGACAGCUCGCUGCCUUCAGAGCAACAUCUUCAAGUCAAUCAGGAACACGUUCUAUGGGCAGGGGACAGUGGACAGUUGCCUGUGUCCGUGUGCAGUGAGAGCUGCCCCCCUGGAACUAGGAAGGCUGUGCAAAAAGGACGACCUGUCUGCUGCUAUGACUGCAUUCCAUGUGGAGAAGGAGAAAUCAGUAAUGGCACAGAUUCUAGUGACUGCUUUCCUUGUGAUUUGGAGUACUGGUCAAAUGAAAGCAAAGACAGAUGUGUUUUAAAAGUGAUUGAAUUCCUUUCCUAUACAGAAAUCAUGGGGAUGGUGCUUUGUAUUUUCUCUUUCAUUGGGUUGUUAUUAACGAUAAUUGUAUCUCUUCUCUUUUAUCUUCAUAAAGAAACACCUAUUGUCAGAGCCAACAACUCAGAGCUGAGCUUCCUGUUGCUCUUCUCGUUGACUUUGUGUUUUCUCUGUUCACUUACUUUCAUUGGUCGGCCCACUGAGUGGUCCUGUAUGUUGCGUCACACAGCAUUUGGGAUCACUUUUGUCCUCUGUAUCUCCUGCAUUCUGGGGAAAACUAUAGUAGUUUUAAUGGCCUUCAAGGCUACACUUCCAGGAAGUAAUGUUAUGAAAUGGUUUGGGCCUCUUCAACAGCAACUCAGUGUUGUUUUCUUAACACUAAUACAGAUGAUUAUAUGUGUGCUUUGGUUAACAAUAUCCCCUCCUUUCCCAUAUAUGAAUUUGAGCUAUUACAGAGAAAGGAUCAUCCUAGAAUGUAACGUAGGUUCAGCUCUUGGUUUCUGGGCUGUUCUGGGUUAUACUGGCCUGCUAUCAAUUUUGUGUUUUGUUUUAGCUUUUCUUGCUCGUAAGCUCCCUGAUAACUUCAACGAAGCCAAGUUCAUCACAUUCAGUAUGCUCAUAUUCUGUGCUGUCUGGCUCACAUUUAUUCCAGCUUAUGUCAGUUCUCCUGGAAAAUUUACUGUAGCUGUGGAGAUAUUUGCUAUUUUAGCUUCGAGUUUUGGUUUACUAUUUUGCAUAUUUUCUCCAAAAUGUUACAUAAUUUUACUAAAACCUGAGAAGAACACAAAGAAACAAAUGAUGGGGAAAUCUUCACCUAAAACUCUUUAA